GUUUCCCUGUCAUUACGUUUCCAAGUGACAUUGGCGUCACGAGAGGACAGCACAAUGAGGCUGACCACGUUCUUGGCGAUGGCUGCGAGAGUGGUCGUGCCCAAAGACUAUCGUUAUGGCACAAACAGACCGUGGACACAGGCGGCGAAGAGACUGAAUCCCCCGGGUAAGAAGCGAAGGAAGGUGUUUGUGGAGCCCAUAGCACCAGAAGACUGGAGUGUGUUCAAAGGAGAUAGGGUUGAAAUUCUCGCAGGAAAGGACAGAGGAAAACAAGGAAAAGUCAUCCAAGUUUUCAGACACAGAAACUGGGUUAUGCUGGAAGGGCUGAAUACACAUUAUAGAUAUGUUGGAAGAACUCCAGAUUAUCGAGGGACCUACAUCGCCACAGAAGCACCUCUCCUGCUCCGAGAUGUGGCCCUUAUAGACCCCUCUGACAGGAAGCCCACAGAAAUAGAGUGGAGGUUCACGGAGGAGGGAGAGAAGGUACGUGUCUCUCUAAGAACUGGUCGAAUCAUCCCUAAACCUGUGGUGGAGAGAAGAGAUGGCAUCGUCCCACAACAAUGGAAAGAUGGUCCCAAAGACACCAGUCCCGACAAUGCACUUGAAAAGACAUACGUACCCUCGCUGAAGACAUUGGAGGAGGAGGUGAUGGAAAAAAUGGGCAUUGUGGAGAACAGGAGGCACAGGCGCUCUUAUUGGUAUUAACCAGACCACAGCCAUAACUCUUAAAUAGUGUCCAGAUUACUUUCAUUGGACAAAGAGACUGAAUGAUCACAUUUUACAAUAGAGACACACAUUCACUAUAAAGUUCAAUGACGUCCUUUUGAGUUGUAAUGUUUUAAAAGUGUGUGAAUAAAUGUAACGGAUACGU